UUGAUCGAUGAAUCAAGACCACUUUCUUUCUCGUUGUUUAUACUGGUCUAUCUUGAGCAUCAAUUCUUGUCGUCACUACAACACACCUACCCCUCCCUCUCCCCGAUCAUGACACUCCUCACAUCCCCCACCAUCCUCCUCACCCUCACCCUUCUAACCCUCUACAUCGCCUACACAAAAACAAAACUCUACCUCACCCGCCGGACCUUCAAAUCCCACCACCACUGCAAACCAUGCCCACACACCUACCACCACGACCCCAUCCUCGCCCUCGACGUCCUCCAUGAAACCCUCACAGCCGCCAAAUCCCGGCGCCUGCUCAAAAACUUCCAAGCCCGCUUCGCCCGCAUGGGCGGCGCAACAACCUACCGCACGCGCAUGCUAACGCAGCCCUUCAUCGUCACCUGCGAGCCCGCCAACAUCCAAACAAUCCUCAGUCUGCGCUUCAAAGACUACAGCCUAGGAAACCGCAUCGACUCGUUCCACGCGCUGCUCGGCGACGGCAUCUUCAACAGCGACGGCGCGACGUGGGCGCGCUCGCGGGCGUUGCUGCGGCCGAGCUUCGCGCGGGACCGGGUCAGCGAUUUGGAGGGCUUGGAAGCGCUGGUUGGCACGCUGGUUUCGCUUCUCCCGCGGGAUGGCGCCACGGUGGAUUUGCAGGGCUUGUUUUUUAGGUUCACGUUGGAUUCGGCCAUGGCGUUUUUGUUUGGGAGCGCGGUUGGCUCGUUGGAGGGGAGGGAGGAAGCCGCGAGGUUCGCGCUUGCGUUGGGCGUCGCGAGUCGUGAUAUUGUGGCCAAGUUCCGGUAUGGGGCUUUGAAGGGGGUGAGACCUGGAAAGCGGGAGGCCGAGGCUGCGGUGAGGACGUGUCAUGAGUAUGUUGAGCGGUUUGUUGAUGAGGCGAUUGCGUGGCGGAAAGAGAGGGAGGAGAAGGUUGCGGAUGGGGACGUAGAUUGUGGACGGCAUGGCGGUGGAGAGGGGGAAGAGAAGAAUGGGGAGAAGUAUGUUUUCCUCCGGGAGUUGGUCAAGCAGACGACUGAUCGGACGCGGUUGCGCGACGAGCUGAUCAAUGUCUUGUUGGCCGGGCGCGACUCCACGGCGGCGUUGAUGGCGAAUUUCUUCUUCGAGGUCGCGAAACGCCCGGAUAUAUGGGAGGAAUUGAGGAGAGAGGUUGGGGUUCUCGAAGGGAAGGUGCCAUCCUAUGAGGAGUUGAGGGGAUUCAAACUCGUCAAGUAUUGUUUGAAUGAGAUACUGCGUCUCUACCCCGUAGUCCCAAAUAACGCGCGCCUCGCAAUCCGCGACACCGUCCUCCCCCUAGGCGGCGGCACCGACUCCAAGUCCCCUCUCUUCGUCCCAGCCGGUACAACAAUCGGCUACAACCCAUACGUCAUGCAUCGCAACCCCACUUUCUAUGGCCCCACAGCCGAGUCCUUUGACCCUUACCGCUGGGCUACUAUCCGGCCUGGUUGGGAGUACCUCCCUUUCAACGGCGGGCCGAGGAUCUGCUUGGGCCAGCAGUUUGCGCUCACGGAGGCGAGUUAUGUAGUUGUGAGGAUGGUACAGGAGUUUGCGAGAGUGGAGUCUCGGGACGAGAAUGGCGGGGUGUGGGUUGAGGAGUUGGGGUUGACGUUGUCGAGUUUUGGGGGUGCGAAGGUUGGGCUGUGGGGGGCGGAGAGGGGGUGA